ACUUGCCCCGCCACAUGCCCUGCACUGCACCCCGCCAGUCAUUCUGCCCCGCCAUCACCAUCUCGCUCAAAUCUGAUUGCUGCUUUCUUCACCACGCUUGGCUCAACUCCCCCCCCUUGGCGUCUCGUCGUUGGUCUGCCAUGUCCCUUGCCGUCGCCCUCAACGUCUCCGGGGCCUCCCGCUGCUCCUCCGCCCUCUCCGCGGCUCGCUCCCCAUCAGCACCCCUCUCGUCCGCGCACCAGCACACGCCGCGCCACGCUGCCCUCCGCCUGGCCUCUGCGCCCGCAGUCUCCGCCUCGCGCCCGGCCCUUCAGAUGUCCGCCCCCAACCCGCCCUCCGCGGCGGGCUCGGAAGCGGCGGCGGGGGGGGCGGCGGAGGAGAAGGAGCAGAAGCUGUGGGGCGGGCGGUUCGAGGAGGCGGUGACUCCGGCGGUGGAGCGGUUCGGGCAGUCGGUGUCGUUCGACCAGAAGCUGUACGCCGUGGACAUCCAGGGCAGCACGGCGCACGCCAACAUGCUCGCCAAGCAGGGGCUGAUGUCGGAGGCGGAGCGCGACGCCGUGGUGGCGGGGCUGGGCGAGAUCCAGCGGCGCAUCGAAGCGGGGCAGUUCGAGUGGCGGCUGGACCGCGAGGACGUGCACAUGAACGUCGAGGCGGCGCUCACGGACCUCGUCGGCGAGCCCGCCAAGAAGCUGCACACGGCGCGCAGCCGCAACGACCAGGUCUGCACGGACGUGCGCCUGUGGUGCUGCGGGGCCAUCGCGCAGCUGCUGGAGCGCGUGGCGCGCCUGCAGACGGCGCUGGUGCAGCUGGCGGGGGCGAACGAGGGGCUCGUGGUGCCCGGGUACACUCACCUGCAGCGCGCGCAGCCGCUGCUCCUCGCGCACGUGCUGCUGGCGUACGUCGAAAUGCUAGAGCGGGACGCGGGGCGGCUGCGCGACUGCAGCGCGCGACUCAACUUCUCGCCGCUGGGCAGCUGCGCGCUGGCGGGCACGGGGCUCCCCAUCGACCGCCACCACACCGCACAGGCCCUUGGCUUCACCGCGCCCCUCAGAAACAGCGUGGACGCGGUGUCGGACCGCGACUUUGUGGUGGAGCUGCUGGCGGCCAACAGCAUCGUGGCGGUGCACCUGUCGCGCCUGGCGGAGGAGUGGGUGCUGUGGGCGUCGGAGGAGUUUGGGUUCCUCACGCCGUCGGACCGCGUGUCGACGGGGUCGUCCAUCAUGCCGCAGAAGAAGAACCCCGACCCCAUGGAGCUCGUGCGCGGCAAGUCCGCCAGAGUCAUCGGCGACCUCACCACGCUGCUGGUGUUGUGCAAGGGGCUGCCGCUGGCGUACAACCGCGACCUGCAGGAGGACAAGGAGCCGCUGUUUGACAGCGUGGACACGGUGCUGGCCAUGCUGGAGGUCACCGCCGAGUUCGCCCUCAACGUCUCCUUCAACCGCCACCGCAUCGCGCAGUCGCUGCCCGCGGGUCACCUCGAUGCCACCACGCUGGCCGACUACCUCGUGUACAAGGGCAUGCCGUUCCGCACGUCGCACGAUGUGGUGGGGCGCGCCGUGGCCAUCGCGGUGGCGCGCGGUGUGGAGCUGAGCGCGUUGUCGUUGAGUGAGCUGCGCGCGCUGAACCCCAUCUUCGAGGACGACGUGUACUCCUUCCUGGGUGUGGAGAAUUCCAUCAGCAAGUUCCGGUCGUUUGGCUCCACAGGGGCGGCCUGUGUGGACGAGCAACUCAAGUUCUGGCGGGACAAGCUGCAGCUGUGAGGGCGGUGGGGAUACUGGAGGCUUCGUUCCGGAUCAUUGCAUGCAGUAUUAAGAAGCAUAAUUAUUAUUUACCUUCGAUGCCUGAAAGACUAUAUUGUAGUCACCAAGAUAAAAGCAAUUUUGCGCCCAUAGGGAACACCUUCAACAAAAUAUAUCAUCCUACACUCA